UACUCCUUUAUGAUUAUGUAUGAUUACUGCAGGUAGCCCUGGUAUAUGGGCAAAUGAAUGAACCACCUGGUGCUCGUGCCCGGGUAGCUCUGACCGGACUGACUGUGGCCGAGUACUUCAGAGACCAGGAAGGUCAGGAUGUAUUGCUAUUUAUUGAUAACAUCUUCCGCUUCACCCAGGCUGGUUCAGAGGUGUCUGCCUUAUUGGGCAGAAUCCCUUCUGCUGUGGGCUAUCAGCCUACCCUGGCCACUGACAUGGGUACUAUGCAGGAAAGAAUUACCACCACCAAGAAGGGAUCUAUCACCUCUGUACAGGUACGAAAAAUGACAUAGAUGAAUAUCUGAUUU